GUCGUUAUUGCAUCAUGGGCGCAUACUGCGCUAGUCCAUAUCAGGCGAGAGCCCGGAACAUCUCUAUUUCCGACUGCUCGUCGAGUUUGGCAGUUUGACGUUUGAAGCAACGACCAUCAAACUUCCGACCAGUACGAAGACCACACCCUUCUAUCAGACCGUCAAGAUGGUUGUGAGGAUCCGGCUCGCUCGCUUCGGCAACAAGCGCCAGCCUUUUUACAAUAUUGUCGUGACGCAAGCACGAUCCGCGCGCGGUUCGAAGCCUCUCGAAGUGAUUGGAACGUACAAUCCGAUUCCCAAGCGGCCGACAACCCUGUUUGACGAUGCUUCGGGCACUACCCGGCCUUACAAGGAUAUCUCGCUGGACAUCUCACGGGCGAAGUACUGGGUCGGCGUGGGAGCGCAGCCGAGCGAUUCGGCGUGGCGGUUAUUGAACAUUGCUGGAAUCGUCGAACCGAAACCGCACGUUCAGAAGUGAAUGUAUCUACGCGUCUUAGCAUCUUGACCCUCCCGUUGACCUCGGGUUGACCUGACUCUUAUUACUGGCAUACCCUGCGGCGUUUAUAAUAUUUUUCGGAAAUGAGCAU